AUGAAGGGUGUUAAGGCUGCCGUGCGCGGCGCGCAGGAGACCCUGGGAUUCGACUCCCCGAGCCACAUGAAGGGUCUCCAGGUCUUCAUUGCAGACAUCCGCAACUGCCAAACAAAAGAGCAAGAGCGGCAAAGAGUGGAGAAGGAGCUGUCAAAAAUCCGGCAGAAGUUUGCCACUCCCAAGACUCUGUCUGGCUACGACCGGAAGAAGUACGUCUGGAAGCUGCUCUACGCAUACAUGCUUGGUUACGAGAUCGACGACACCGGCCACUUUCAGGCCGUGGAGUUGUGCUCUUCCCCCAAGUUCACUGAGAAGACCGCGGGGUAUCUGGCAACGUCACUCCUUCUGGCAGACAACAAUGACAUGGUGCGGAUGAUCGUGAACAGCGUGAAGACCGACAUCUCCUCGGGCAACGAGCACAUGGCGGCCUUGGCCUUGAACACCGUGGCGAACAUCGGCGGCCCAGAAUUUGCGGACAACCUCUUCACGGACAUAGCCCGUUUGAUCCUGUCCCAGUCCGGCUCGCUCUCCCCCUACAUCAAGCGCAAAGCCUGCAUCUGCCUUUUGCGGCUUUAUCGCAAGGAGAACGAUGGUUUGCAGCCGGAGGUCUGGUCCCCGAAGCUCGCUGCGCUGUUCAACGAACAGGACAUUGGCCUUCUAACGUCAGCCAGCGGCUUCAUGCUGGGCAUCCUGGAGAUGGGCAAGUUCCCGGCUCCGGCUUGGUCCGGCGUGGUGGUCCCCGUCUGUCAGUCUCUCGCCAACCUGGUACAGGGCAUCUGCCCCGAGCACUACGAGUACUACCACGUGCCGGCGCCGUGGCUGCAGAGCAAGCUGCUUCGCAUCCUGCAGUUCUUCCCAGUUACGACGUUUGAUGCAGAGCUUCUGCAUCGCCUGAACUUAAUCUUGCAGAGCAUCCUGGCGAAACCUUCCUCGCAGCGGAGCCCAGCACCAGUUCAACAAGGGGGCCCCAAGAGACGCACAAAGGUCGACGCCGAGCGGCAAAACCGCUCCAACGCAGAGCACGCCGUCCUCUUCGAGGCCAUGAAUCUCAUGAUCCACCUCGAGGACACGGCAGAUCCGGAGACCACGAAGACGGCCGCGGGCCUCCUUGGGAUCUUCCUCUCCUCCACGGACCCGAACAUCAGGUACCUGGGCCUGGAGACCAUGGCCCGGCUGGCGAGCAACUUGUCCACCCAUGAGUACUUGGACAGGUACAAGAAUCAAAUCCUGGACAAGAUGCAUGAAACGGAUAUCUCCAUUCGCCGACAGGCCUUGAACUUGCUCUAUGCUCUUUGCAGGCCGGAGAACUGGCAACAAAUCGUAGAUCAGCUCCUGGAAAUCCUCGGGGGCAGCGACAACUUACUACAAGAGGAGUUAGUCCUUAAGAUCGCCAUCCUGGCAGAGAAGAACGCAAAGAACAUCGGGUGGUAUGUGGAUGUCGUCUUCAAAAUGCUGGAGAGCGCUCCCGAUGCAGUGUCAGAUGACGUCUGGUAUCGUGUGGUGCAGGUGGUCACAGGAUUCGAGGACGGACCCUCCGAGGCUGAGCAGAACGCACUGAGAAGACAUGCAGCCAGCAAGGCCUACCAGAAUCUUUCCAGUCAGCGUGCAGCCCAUGACACACUGCUGCGCUUGGCGGCGUACCUCAUCGGAGAGUUCGGCCAUUUGCUGCCCCAAAGUGUGACGCCCCGCGCGAAGUUUGAAGCCCUUCACCGCCACUUCCAGAGAGGGUCGCCCCAAACGAAGGCCAUCCUCGUCCUUGCGGCGGUGAAGAUCCUCAAUGCGAACCAUGACGCGCUGAAGGGCGAGGUGGUCGGUUUCCUCAAAGAGAUCCAGGAUAGUGCCGACGUGGAGCUGCAACAGCGUGCCGUGGAGCUCUUGCAGCUUUCCCGGGAUGAGGACAGCCUGGACCAGGUGCUGAGACCGAUGCCUCCGUACGCGGAGAGUGUGCAGAAGAACAAUCCGUUAGUUCAGCGCCUGAAAUUUUCGGCAAAGAACCGUGCGCACACACGUGCAGAGCUGGAGGAGGCAGCCAAGAGCGAAGGCGGAAUGUACAAGCCAGGCCGCAGCAAGUCGGAGAGCGACGGCCGCAUCAUGGAGCUACCUGACCCAGGCCGGCCAAAGCCAGCUCCGCCCAAGGCUCAGGAGGCGUCAGCGUCCGAGUCUUCCGACUCUGAAGAAGACGCUGCCCCAGCUCAGAGCAACGGCGCAGCUGGCGGACAGACUCCCAAGGACUUGUGGUCGCAACUGUGCAUUGCGCCGCAAGGAAGGUUCUACACCUCACCGCAGCUUGUCCUGGAGAUGAAGCAAGAGUACAAUGCUGCGACAGGUCGCUUAACCAUCCUCUUUGUCAACUCCGCCAAGGCUCCCAUCGGCAACAUCCGAGUCCACAUUCCUCAGGUGGACUUCUUGCGAGUCCAGACUUUCAGUGAGGUGCCCUCUUCCCUGAAGCCGGGCGAACAGGCCACCCACUUGGUCCAGGUCCAGUGCCUGCGCCCCUUUCUGCAGCCAGCCAAGUAUUUGGUGGAAUACUGCACAGCUCCUGGCGCCCCGCCACAGCAGCUGCCGCUGCUGCUGCCUGCUGUGGUCAGCAAGUUCAUCACGCCAGCACAAGUGCAGAUGGGCCAGUUCCGGCAGUUCUUCGAAACGCUCACGGGGCCGCGUGAGAUGGUGCUGGAUGGCCAGGCCAAGGCUCAGCCGAACCAGUGGCCCAACUACCUGGGGAAGGGCUUCAACAUGUUCGUCCUCCCGGAGAGUGGGCCCACGGCCGCGUUCGCUGCAGGCACGCUGAACACGGCUACGCCUGAUCCUGCACAGCCUGAGAAGAUGAUGACCGUGCCGGUCCUCGUCCGCCUGCAGUACGACUCUGGGCGCAACCUCGUGAGGCUGAUCGUGCGAACACAGCACCCCGAGGUGACCAACGCCCUGGCAAAGGUAAUGCAAACCUACCUGAUGAGUGGAUGA